UAUGGGACACCUCCUCCCAUGCCACCCCAGUACCAGCCUUACUAUAUCCCACCUACUACAGGAUUCAGCCCAGGUCCAUCUGUACAACCUUCACAGCCUGUCACCAUCCCAGCUGCCCAACUCACCGAGGCACCGGAUUACCUGGCCUACUCCAUAUUUACCUCCACCUUCUGUUGUAUUCCCCUGGGCUUUGCUUCCUUGUAUUACUCUCUUCAGACCCGAAAAGCCAACCGCACUGGAGAUUUCACGACGGCUCAGAAAAACUCCAUCCUGGCCCGCAACUUGGCACACUCAGCACUGGGAGUGGGGGUCUUUUUCAUUAUUUUGUGUAUCAUUAUAGUGGUGGUAGUUUGUUAUGUAAUUUUCACUAUCUCGACAUCUCAACCCUGAAGUUCAUCUUCUUCAAAGACCUCCCAGCUUAACUACAAAACAAAGAAAGUCUUUGGACCAAUGUCUUCCACUCUGAAUGUUUUCAUAAGAGGAUCUGCUAAGGACUGGUUCACAUGCAUAUCCCAUGUUUUCUUGGCCAGAUGUCUAGAAAUGGAAUAUGUGAACAAGCUACAUCUGGGGAUCUACCUAGUGAUAGAUUUGCAGUUCAGG